AUGGCGACGCACGAAGAAAAGUCUGGGGGCCACUCCCUGACGGAAAGCAAUUUGGCAGUGCCCGAUGCCGCUGCCAAAGUAUCAUCAAUACGCGUAUUCUCACUAGAGAGAACAGCAAGCGGCACGACGGCAAGAUCCGACAACAGCAACCCAUUCGAGACUGAUGUCGAGGCAAUGGCCACAAACAACUCGAUCGACAAGCCCCGAGCUAGCGUUGUCCUUACGCGGAAGAAGGACUGCCAGGUCUGGCCUAACAAAAGCGACUGGAAGCAGAGGGCCAAGGCAGGCAAGAAGAAUCGCAGCUGUGCUUUUAUGCAGAGAUUCAGCAGGCGCACCAGAAUCACCAUGAAAAUCCUCAUGGUCGUUUUGGUUGUCAGCAUCGCCAUAGCUGUGGGGUUUGGCGUGAGCAGACCUCUCGGAGCCCCCAUCUGGGGUGAAAAGAGCAAGAGCUCGUAA